CGACGUCCGGGUCCGUAGUCACAUUCCCCGUCCGCCUGUUCGUCUGCUACAUUGGUUUGAAUCCCCGCCAGCGUUUGCAUUGUCUGUCUUGCACAAACGAUGACUCCAGCCUGAGCCGUGCCACGCGAGUCUUCUGCUUUAGGCGAACAAUAUCGUCUGUGUGAGCAGAAUUGGUUAGCUGAGUGGCUCGCGGCAACCUCCGUGGACCUGCGAAACAGCCACAGCUGGCCACUCAUAGUGAGACCGUCUGCUAUAAAAGCGAGCCAUGGAGAAGGCAGCGUACAGCAAACUGGCCCGCAGUCGUCGCUCCACAUCUUCUACCACUCCUGCCCGCCAUGUCGAGGUUCGGCAAGGUCAACCCUUGCGUGGACUACACGUUCACUCUCCAGGACUAUGUCCUGGGCGGCAAGAAGUUCGACGCGCAACGACCCGAAACGUAUCGUCACCCAUAGGGUUGCAUUGAGGCGAGGGCUGCUCAGAGACCUAUUGGCUCUAGACGACCGCAUCCGAACACGCCGCGACGCGGUUCGAAUCCAAACCUACGAAGCCGGGCGGACUUCAUUUCUGCGAUGGUGGCAGGGUGCGCUGCGGCAAGAGCCGAUUAACCAAAUCAUGCAGAACGACCUGAAGAGGAGGAACAAGUUAGUGGCCGCGUUUGUGAUGCAUAUCGACGCGCUAGUGUGGCUGGAGACGUUCGAUCGCAGCGGCUCGCCGCACAGGAACCCAGCCGAGAUACGCGAGUAUCGAGACGAGUUCCUCACGCCCGUCGCGGAGGUAGUCAACCAUUCGCUCAUGUUCCUGGGCGAGUACAUUCUGUCCCCUUCAGAGGACGCGGCGUUGGAUGGAGAUAGCGCACUCUGCGAGGCGCUCGACCGAGACGAGUAGAGCCCUCUGCAUGGAUUGCGCUCAUCCGUGGCACGCAUUGUGGUUGAGGAUCUAUGAUUUCAAAAGCAAUAUUCAGCAGUAGCCGUACGAUCGAUUGCAUUGUACUCACUACGUAUCGUACGUACAAUGAAGACUGGGAUCCAUGGGAUAUGAUUCAGUGCUAGUUGUGAUGAGCGCAGCGCUCUUUCCCGAAUCCUGGGCUAUCACCAAACCUGGUGUAGUGUUCAAACCUGUCAAACAUAGCCAGAGUCCCGUCUCUGGGACAGCACUCGUCUCUGUAAUACCAUCAAUACCAACGCCGGGUCUCUGAGAAGCGAACGAGCAGUCUGCA